AUGUACUGCUAUUCAACACUUACACGAGACACACUAAUAAAUCACAAUCAAAAACACAUCAAAUUAUUAUGGAAAGGGAGAAUAAUUUUUUAUCGUUGUCGUUGGUCGACUUCACUGUUGACAUAUGUAGAACAAAAAAAACAAGCGAGUAUCUUUUUUCUAGAAAAAGGUUUCUUUUGUACUAAAAUACUGUUCAAGUUACCCGUUAAACGAUCCGCAAAAAACUACUGA